AUGUGUGGAAAUGUGUAUGUUGGCAACCUUGUCCCUGGCCUCGUUUCUGAGGCUGCCCUGCGGCAGCUCUUCGACUCUGCCCUGGCAGCUGCCUUCCCAGAUUCCGCAAAUCCUGGAAUGGAGCCUGUCAUCAGCGUCUCUAUGCAUUCUGAUGGCCGCUAUGCAUUCGUGGAGCUUCGGACACCAGAAAUGGCCACUUCUGCACUCCAGCUGAGUGGGCAAGUGCAGCUGUUUGGGCAGUCGAUAUCUGUUGGAAGGCCCAGCGGGUAUGUGGACCCAUCCAAAGCAGCAGCUGCGGCACAGGCGGCUGCAGCAGCGUUGGCUGCUUUCAGCGCUGGUGACACCAGUGCUGCUGCAGCGUUGGGGAAUGUGGUGCCUGUCCAGUCCCCAACUGCGGCGGCUUCGCCAGCUGGGGUGAGCCCCAUGGGGGUGCUGACAGGCAGUGCGCUGGCAGCCACACCUGCGACAUCAUACCUUUGCCUUGAGGGGACCGUCUCUGGAGAAACGCUGACUGUUGAUGAAGACUACAUGAAGGCUAUAAAGAAUUUGAAAGAUGAAUGCGUCAAGUAUGGGCAGGUAGUCCAACUGAAGAUUCCAAGGCCAGCAGAUGCUAAAAUGGCACAUGUUCUGUACGGAACAGGCUUUUAUGGCAAGGCCUUUGUUCAAUUCGCCGAUGCUGGAGCAGCGGCCAGGGCGAAGGAGGCUCUCACCGGAAUGAUAUUGACGGGGGGCCAAGGACAAGUCGCUGUGGCAUACGUCACACAGGAGGUCUUUGCUGCUAUUAUAUGA